AUGUCUCAUCUACCGAAGAAACGUCAGGUGCUCCGGUCCCAAGUGACCCGAAUCAUCACCGAAGCCAACAGUCUACUGAGCGGGACUGGAGAAGCCACAUUGGACGCUCUCGAUGUGUUGAUCGAACGGCUUCAAGCGUGUCACCAGCAACUUAACGACGUAGACGCUGAAAUCGAACACAGCGAGAUCGAACAGAGCGAAGAGGAUUUUACGCGCACAUAUGAAUACAACGACCGUGUGAUUACCUGCAUCGCCAGACUGAAAUGCAAGAAGAAUGGAUCUGUACAAACUGGAAUACAGACCACUUCUACGACGAGAUCGACGGCAGUCAAGGUGAAACUCCCUAAAUUGGAGUUAUUGAAGUUCGACGGCAAGCAGCGAAAUUGGCAGGCCUUUUGGGAACAAUUUCAACGGCUGAUCCAUCAGAACGAAGAUCUGACCCAGAGUGACAAGUUCAGUUACCUAAAGUCGGUAUUAGUCGGCGAGGCAGCAGCUGCUAUAGCAGGUCUGCACUUGUCAGCCGAGUGCUACAACGACGCAGUAGAGUUGUUGCAGCAACGUUAUGGGACGGAAACUGCCAUCAUUCAGGAUCACAUGGAAGCACUUUUGAAUAUUCGUCCCGUACGAUUGUCCGAAGACGUACGCGAGCUUCGUAAGCUCUAUGACAGACUCCAAGCCCACAUUCGCGGACUGAAUGUCCUAGGUGUGAGUGAAGACUCUUACUGUUCACUGCUGUACCCUGUACUGCUACGCUCGUUACCGAGAGACAUUGUGCUGCAAUAUCACAGAAAAUCGGCAAUGGCAUCCAUCCCGGUGGGAGUUCCAUCUGAUAUUCAAGCUGGAGACAGCGCCGGAACGGCAAGAAUUUCUGACCCUGCUGUGAGGCAAUACCGGAAGAAGGUGUCAGACCUACUUCAACUGGUUAGAAUUGAAGUAGAAAGCCGGGAGCAGGCAACAUCUACCCAAAAAACCGACGACAAGGGACUGUACAAGACUUCUCACGACCGCAAACGCCAGCCAACAGCUUCAGUAGCCGCACUGCAGCACUUGGCUGGGAAGACACGCUGCACAUUCUGUUCGUCACAACAGCAUGAGACGGAGAAUUGUGAUUCUGACAUUCCGUUAACGAAGAAAAAGGAGAUUCUCAGAGCUGAGCGGAGGUGCUACCGAUGCACUAAACUUAAUCAUCAAUCCAGGGAGUGCAAGAGCAGGUUGCGUUGCAGGAAAUGCACAGGCCGACAUGCAGCUUCAAUGUGCGAUCCAAGCUACGCGUCGAAAAAAGGAUCGAAAGAAAUUGACGGGGAUCAGGACUCUGUCGCAACGCCAACGACGUCCGUUAGCCUACAUUCAGCUGCUGACAAUUCAAGGAGGGCUACAGUUCUCCUUCAGACUGCGACGGCUAUGCUGGCUGGAGAAAUAUCCACGACACUUGCCAGAAUCAUGUUUGAUGGCGGGAGCCAGCGGUCCUUCAUAUCAAGGAGGAUGGCGAAGAAACUGGGGUGCAAGUAUUUGGAGACCGAGGAGCUUACGGUUGCAGUGUUUGGAGGCCACCUCACAGAACGGAGCUUCAGGAGAGUACGAUUGUCAAUGAGCAGUCGUAAUGGAGAAAAGAGCUUCGAGAUUGAAGCAUUGGAAACCGACAGCAUUUGCGAGCAGAUUCUUCCGAUGAUUGACAAAGAUAUACAAAGCAAGCUGAACGACAAGAAUCUGGAGCCAGCUGAUGUUAUUCAGACCGAUUCCAAAGAGAUCGCAGUGCUCAUAGGAUCCGACUAUUAUUGGGAAGUCGUCAGCGGGAAGGUGGAAGACCUCGGCAAGGGACUGAGGGCCAUCGAAACGUCCUUCGGCUGGUGUGUUCAGGGUCCCAUCCCGACAGGCGGAAAUGUUGUACACUGUAACAAGACGGUAGUGCUGCGGACGGUGACGCAAGAGCGGCCACUGGAAGAGCUCGUGACAAAGUUGUGGGAUUUGGACAGCCUGGGAAUACGUGAGACAGAAAACGAUGAUACGAGGGAUAACGACGUUGUAACGUCGUUCAUGGAGACUGUGGUGAAGGUCGAAGAUGGCUAUCAAGUAUGCCUACCGUGGAAAACGGAAGUGGAUCUGGAGAGCAACGAGGCCGUCGCCCGAAAGCGACUUCAUCAACUCCUGAGGAAGCUUACACGUGACCCACAGCUCAUGAGCGAGUAUGACAACGUCAUACGGCAGCAGCUACGCAGCGGUAUUGCGGAGGUGGCAAGCCCACAUCAAUCAUCGCAGGGCAGGACGUACUACAUGCCCCAUCAGGCGGUAAUCAGAGAAGGCGCCAGCACGACAAAGCUGCGGGUCGUAUUUGAUGCCUCGUCACACGAUGCCAAGGCGAAGUCACUGAACGACAAUUUGGAAAGUGGCCCCAACUUGAACUGUGACCUAGUGGCAUUACUGCUGAACUUCAGGAAAUAUCGGGUGGCUAUGGUCGCUGACAUCGAGAAGGCCUUCUUACAGAUUGGCGUCACCGACGCUGACAGAGAUGCACUACGUUUUCUGUGGCUGAAGGAAGCUCCGACACACGAUCAACCUUUGCCAGACAUCGAAACGUACAGAAUGACCAGGGUCCCUUUUGGAACCACGUCGAGCCCCUUUCUACUGGCAGCUACAUUACAACACCACCUGCGGAGCCUGAAAGACGAAUACCCCGUCACGUGUACGUUGCUCAGCGAGUCACUGUACGUUGACGACCUUCUGGUUGGAGCAGCAGAUGAAGGAAGUGCCGAGAAACUUUACCGUGAGGCGAAGAGCAUAUUCCAAACUGCUUCUAUGAAGUUGCGCAAAUGGGCGUCCAAUAGUCCGACCAUGAGGAACUUGUUUGAGGAGGAAGCAACAGCAGCGAUGCCACAGGGUCAAGUGGCGGGUGUACUGAAAGUUCUUGGAUUAUCUUGGAAUCCCGCGACGGACAACCUGACAUUCGCAGUGGACAGUGUCAGGCAGAUCUCCGAGCAACGUAAAGAUACGAAGCGUUUCGUACUACAGACAGCAGCAAGGCUGUAUGAUCCAAUGGGAUUGAUUUCGCCAUUUCUCGUAACCGCUAAACUCUGUUUUCAACGCACUUGGCGACUUAAACUUGGAUGGGAUGAAAUUCUACCAGAUGACAUCGGACACCAAUGGGCUGACUGGUGCGACGACCUAAGACAUUUAUCGCGGAUACAAGUACCGCGAUUUUACGAGUAUGGCUUAAGUGACGUCGCCGACAGCAGAGUGCUGCACGUCUUUGCGGAUGCAAGCACCGCAGCCUACGGCGCGGUAGUGUACCUGUGCGUAAGGGACUUAACAGGAAGGACGACGACGACACUGGUUCUGGCGAAGUCAAGAAUCGCUCCACUAAAACAACUGACGCUGCCCCGUCUAGAGUUGAUGGCGAGCCUCGUGGCAUCACGCCUAUUUCAGUACAUCGGCGGAAACCUCAAGCUUGACGUUAGCGGCGUGCAUUUCUGGACCGACAGUAUGAUCACACUCCAUUGGAUCCAGGGCGAUGCAGCAAGAUGGAAACCAUUCGUAAGGAACCGAGUGACCGAAAUUCAAAAGAACAGCGAUUCGCAUCCUUGGCACUACUGUCCGAGCAAAGAGAAUCCCGCUGACUUAAUGACAAGAGGAAUAUCAGCUCAACGACUGAUCGAGAGUCAGUUGUGGUGGAAGGGACCACCGUGGAUCGUCAGCGACGAGAGCUCGUGGCCAGGAAGGCCCCCAACGACACGGUUUGCGUCCGAAGAACUUGAAGAAAUGAAAUCCCAGGUGUUAACCACAGUUACCUCAACGAAACUAUCAUUAGACGAAAUUUGGACAAGUCGACAAAGGGGUCUUGCCCACUUUUGGAAAAGAUGGCACAAGGAAUACUUGGCCGAACUGCAGUCAUCUCGUUCGUCGAGAGUUUUCAAGUCAUCAGCGCUCAAACCUGGCGACAUAGUCAUCUUGCACGAUGAGAAACAACCACGGCCGCUCUGGAAGUUGUGCAGGAUUGUGGACGUAUUCUGCGGCAGGGAUGGGAAAGUCAGGGCUUGCACCGUACGCCUACCUGAUGGGACUUUGCGAAGAAGACCGGUGCAACUGCUGUAUCCGCUAGAACUGGCCAACGGUUAA